UCUGCAAGCAGCGCAACAGCUGAGUUUCUGCUGCGCAUUUUACAAAUAAAUAAAAGCAUUAAUUCAGACAAAAUUUGAGAUCAAUUCCAAAUUAAGAGCCUGUUUGUAUUUAUUCAAUUUAAAACGCACAUUUAGCAGCUUUACUAUCAGACUGAAAACAAAGAAACUCACGUUGCCGUUGCCAGUGUAUGGGUGUUAUUGCGGAACAAGUUGGAACACGAACAAAACACCACACAAAACAACAGCUGUAGCAUUUAUAGCCGAAAUUUAAUCAAUUGAUCAAUAUAAUGUCCAAAAUAAUAUCUCAAGAAACUUUCGAUGAUAUUGUGCAGGAGAAUGUGGUGGACUUUUCAAUGAGUCCCGCCGAAGCCAAGGAGGAGACAAUAAAACAAUUCGAAGCUCAGGGCAUUAACCUGGCUAACAUCAUAAAAGACUUAACGGUCAAUGCCGAGACGGGAAAACCUAUUAUCAACGAAACAAUGGACAAAAUUAAAACGCACAUUAGCCAAAAGGGCGGCGAUACACAGCAGUUAUUGGAGCUGCUUACUGUUCUGGACAUCGAGUGCCAGAAAUCGUUGGCCCAUCGUGUACUGGCUGGGAAGAAUGGUGCUCACGAUGCGCUCAUAACACUGCUGGAGCAAACACUAGCCACUGAGACGCUCAAUAUGACGCUGCUAAGCAGAUGCCUGCAGGCUGUCAACAGCCUGACCCACAAGCAGCCCGAUCUCUUCGAUGCAGAGGCAUUGUCCAUUGUGCUGAAGCUGCUGGCACUGAAGGAUCAACUGGACAUCAUAUGUCUCACGCUGCAGUGGCUGCAAAAAGCGUGCAUCAUGCAUGAAAGAAAUCGUCAGAACAUAAUAAGCGCAAAUGCAUUGAAGCUAUUAAAACCACUAUUAGUUAUGGACAGUCAGCGAUUGGUGAGCGAGGUGACUGCCGUAUUCAGAUUUUUGGUUUUGGACGAUGACAUACGCGUUGAGUUUGGCUGUGCCCAUGAACAUGCACGGCAAAUAGCCAGCGAGGUGCUCCCGCAGCUGGUGGAGCUGUUGCCCGCUUACGAAGAUGUCAACGUCCUUGCGGAUCUGUUGCUCACCAUUGGCACGCUGGCCGUGCGCCAGGAGCUGUGCACGCUUAUCGACGAUGCGGGCGGUCUGAAGCUAAUAUUUGAUAUUAUGAGCGUCAACUUGAAAGAGGAGCGCUUAAAUCGUGAGGCGUUGAAACUAUUGCGCGCUCUUGCCGGACAUGAUGCGGUCAAGGGGCACAUUGUGCAGCAGGGCGUUGCGCCAAUCAUUAAAGAUCUCCUCGAAACGCAUCAGACCAAUGCAAACAUUGUGUCAGCUGCCUUAGCCUGCAUAACAACUCUCACGCUGCGCGUCCAGGAGCACAGCAGCGCCUUCUUUGAAACCGGUAUUGCUGAGGUGAUUGUCGAAGCUCUGCGCACACAUCCAAAUCAUCAAAUUGUGCAGCGAAAUGGUGCGUGGGCCAUACGUAAUAUGGUGUCCAGAUCACGAAAUCAAUGCGACACGUGGCUAUCCUUUGGCGUUGAGGAUCUGCUCAAUGCGGCCAUGGUGGAGCAUCCAACGGUGGCACAGGACAUUAAGGCGGCGUUGCGUGAUUUGGGCUGCAGUGUGCAGCUGCGUGAAGAGUGGACCGGCAAGGCGGAGAAAAAGAUUGCCGCAUAAUAUAACUACAUGCAUACAUUUAUAAUUAUAUUUAUACUUUUAUAUUCAAUUCACUACUAACUUAUUUUUAUAUGAAAUUAACUCAACACAGCACAAUAACCGGAGCUUACACAGAGAAACAUCGGCCAAUAAAUUUAUGCUAACGAACUUAUUACGAAA